AUGGCGCGCAUCUUCAUUACUGGUUCUAGCGACGGCAUUGGCCUAGCCGCAGCCAAGAUCCUGGCUGACCAGGGCCACUCAGUCGUUCUCCACGCACGAAACGCAGAGCGUGCUGUCUCAACCCAUCAAGCCGUACCCAAAGCCGAAGCAGUACUAGUCGGAGACCUCCGCUCGAUAUCCGAGACCAAGAAACUUGCACAAGAAGCCAAAGGAAGCGGGCCUUUCGACACAAUCAUUCACAACGCAGGCAUUGGCUACGGCGCCACAUCCAGUCGAGAAAUUACCGCAGACAAGAUCUCCGCCGUCUUCUCGGUCAACACACUUGCACCAUACAUUAUCACCUGCUUGAUGGAUAAGCCGAAAUCACGGCUACUUUAUAUGAGCUCGGAUUCCCACUACGGUGGUGAUGAAUCUCUACGCAAUGUGACACAGUCCCACUCGUACAGUGAUAGCAAGUUGCAUGAUGUGAUGUUAGCUAAUGCGUUUUCACGGCGAUGGGAUGAUAUUCAGGUUGUGAGCAUGCAUCCUGGCUGGGUUAGGACCAAGAUGGGAGGCUCCAUGGCUCCUGGAGGGAUGGAUAAGCCGGCUCGGGCAUUGGCGGAGUGGGCUAUUGGCCAAGGCAAAUUGGCAAGUCUGAAGAGUGGGGCAUAUUUCACGACAAGGGGGGAAGAGUCGACCCAUCCUGGAGCUGGUAAUGUGGGGAAACAGGAUGAGUUGUUAAAGAUUUGCCAGGAGGUUUCUGGAGUUUCCAUUCCAGAGUAA